GGAUCGAUAACACGUUACAUACAAAUGAGGGUCAACCUAAUAUGAGUUCGGGUCCAAUUUUAGGCGAUGGCAGGACAGUCCUCCUUAUAACUCUUGCUUAAAAAUCCUCUUUCAUGAUUAUACCCACAAACCAGCUGUCAACGUUAAAUUCUACUAUUUCAUGAUUACUGGUUACUCUGUCGCCACCCUGGUGGUCUUCAUCAUAUCCAUUGUGUUCGUGAUUUAUCCAGUCUCUAUACCCACCCCUCGACCCAUACCCCGUAUUCCAAUAAAUUUGACAACCGCCCCAAUUAUCGCAAUUGCGAUCCUAUGGGCAGCCCAAUGUCUUGACCCUGCAGUCAUUCGCGGAGGCAUCGUCGGUACAGAUGGCGUUAAACCCUACAACAUUCUCAUCCUCUUUUUUUCCCUUGCCUACAUGGCUAUCACCCUCGACAUCACCGGUAUCCUCCAGUCAGCAGCCUUCUGGGUUAGCAACAAGGGUGGUUCGAACGGCUGGAAACUCUACACCUACUUCUACAUCAUGCUUACCCUGCUGUCAAUCAUGCUCGGAAAUGAUCCCGUCAUUCUCUCUGGAACCGCCUUUCUUGUUUACUAUACAAAAGUCGCCGAGCUCAAUCAUAUCUCUUGGCUCAUGUCCGAGUUUGCAGCAGCAAAUACAGCAAGCAUGGUCCUGUUUGUUGGGAACCCUACUAAUGUGGUCAUCUGCGAAGGUUUCAGCGUAAAUAAUGCCGCCUUCACAGCUUACACUAUCCUCCCAUUUAUCGCAUGCAGCGUUUUCUGCUUCUUUGCUCUUGGUGGUCAAUACCGCGAUCCAAAAUACGUCCCUCGCAGGUUGGACCACACCGCUGACCUUGACGCCCGCUCGGUCCUUCUAGAUCCGAUCGGUGCCUGUGUUGGCAGUUUCCUGCUCGCCUCCACGCUCAUUCUGUGUUUGGUUGUCAGCUUCUUCGGAAUUGACGUAUGGAAGAUUAGCUUGCCUUUUGCUGUAGCCAAGUUUAUCUAUGAUGUUGCCUGGGACCACUACCGCUUUGCCCGGCAGAUACCCAUGCUCGGGCGCGGGCAGAAAGGGCCAGACGAGAGUGAAGUGCAGCCAGACGAUGGCGUCAUGCUGCAAGACGUGCAGGCACUAUCAGAUCAUAAAGGCCGGCAUCGUCAACCCACCCUCCCAUUACCCACGACAGACAAGGUGAAUUCCUUCCCCGAAUCCGAUCGCACCUUGAUCAACCCGUCCUCCUCACCUUCAUCCAAGACCCUCAUCGCCCAGUGGCGCUUCAAUGCCAUUGCCCUACACAAACGCCUGCACACCCACUUCCCCACCUUCUUCACCGCGCUCCCGCGGCUUCCUUUUGCCCUUGUACCAUUUGCGUUCUCGCAGUUCAUCUUAAUUGAAGCCCUGUCACACCAAGGCUGGAUAGACGUCUUUGCCACGUGGCUGCUACGUGCCACUCAAGGGGAUAUGUACCGCACCAUCUGGUUGAUCGGCGUGCUUGGAGUGAUCCUGUGCAACAUCUCCGGGACGAACAUUGGUGCAACGAUUCUCCUCACGAAGGUCGUACGUGCAGCAUCUCCUAUGUUGUCCAAUCAGACCAUCCGCGCAGCUGCCAUUGCACUUGCCGUAGCCAGUAAUAUCGGUGCCGUGUCGUUCACAUUCAGUGCAAGCCUCGCGGGGCUUCUAUGGAGAGGCAUCCUCAAGCAGAAGGGCAUCAUCGUAUCGCAGGCGACGUUUGCAUACUGGAAUGCGCUUCCGUUGGUCGUGAUGACAGUUGCUGGGCUUUCAGUAGUCUGUGCUGAGAUGGCUGUUUUAUACUAGGGUCGUCUUCCGGAGGGAACCUGGGUAGUACUUUGUACAGCAAGGUCCCUGGGUGUCGUAGGUCUACGACUGCGCUCCGCGCGGCCCUGGAGGGCAGUGGCAGAACAAGGAUAUUUGGGCCCCCGCCCCAUCAAGAUUCAAAAAGGCAUGCAAAUGUCGAGGGACAAGGAACAGCUGCGCCCCAUGUCGUAUGGGUAAUUUAUAAACAGCUGUCCACACGAACUACUAGAUCAUCGAGUGUUUCGAGUGUUUCUACUGGAAUUACUUAUGAUGUAGUCGAUCGAUAUCUAUGUACAUGUAUUGUAUGCUCGCGAUUUUCAUAAAUAAGUAAAUACAUGUUGAAAAAUACAAACGGGUUGCCGCCUCUCCAGGAAUGGCGGAAGG